AUGGACUUCUCCGACUCCUUCCGAAUCGUCAACGCCACCGUCGGCUUGAUCAUGGUGCUCGGCGGUAUAUCGCAGUUCUUCACUAACACUGGCUUCCAAUCCAUCAUUAUCGGCGCCUACGUCCUCCUCUUCGGCCUCGGCAUCGGGCUCCUCGAGUUCCAGAUCCCGCCCCAGGUCUCGCGCUAUGCCUCCUUCAUGUUCAGCUUCCUCGGCCGCGGCAUCUUCUACGUCUUCAUCGGCUCCAUCCUCCUCAACAACGGCGUCCUGCGCAUUAUCGCCGGCAGCAUCGUCGGCCUGGUCGGCCUCGCCUACGUCGCCCUCGAGUUCGUCCCCUCCGUCGAGCCCCCCGCCAACAUGCGCGAGGCCGACCAGGGCUGGGGCGCCGAGCAGGUAUAA